AUGGAUCAUCGAGCAAAGCUUCAAAAGAUUUUUAUUCUCAUUCAACUGAUGACGUUACGUUUGGUUUGUGUUGUUAAAUUGCUACCAUGGCACGUUUUGCCACAAACAUUGCUAAGACAACAAUUGUCUAUGACUUUGUUUACCUCCACCGGUGCAUUAGCGACGAUUUCAUUAACUGAAUAUUGUUCAUUGUCACUUGUUUGUACAAGUCUGUCCCAGUUUCCAACUUCAAUUUUCUCGCUCUCAUACAACGACGAGGUGGUUGGUUUCAAGAGACAUGAACAAUUAUUAAAACUUUUACAACCGGAACAUGAAGGAAAAGUUCUCGCGUGGUGCGGAAGAUUAAAUUUGACUGUUACGGUUCUUCAUUGUUUCCUGAAUAAUCAGGAAAAGUUGGAAAAUAAGCGGAUAAUAUUAUUCCAGUCAAAAAGAAAGAAACAUUAUGAUGAAAUGGAAAAUUUUACAAGGUUUACACACAGAUUGAAGUUGGCUUAA